AUGCUUCUCCUCCACCAGGUUGGCAGCGUCAAAAUUGGCGAGGUCAUUCGCUACACUGUCACCUACACUCCGUCCCAGGAUCGCAUCCUACCCUCGCCCGAGAAGCUAUAUGUCCGCAUCCGCAACACCUCGGCCAUAGCCCUGCGCGCCGCUUUCGUCCACGGUCCUUAUACCCUCUCCGUCGCUGCCUAUCCUGCGAAAUUCGUGCCCAACGAAACGUUCCCCGACCCCCGGCGAUAUGGCGUCCCAGAAUUCGAGCCCAUGGUCAAGGCCGGUGGCUCUUGGGAGUGCGAGCUCAUCGUCCCCGACGACAUAAGACAGUCGGCCGGUAUUGGUGGAAACGGCAGCGCUUUCGGCAAAGAUUCUAUCCAUAAUGCUGAGUGCGCCAGUUGGGUCAUCGAAAUUACCUCUCAGGUCAUCUUCUCCACUUCCGCUGCUGUUGGCUACGAAGUUGUGGUUGGGCGUGACCAGAAGUCUCUCAAUCUAAACCAAGCCUCAGGCUCGUUCGGUCAAGACAACCAGAACAUGCAGCCCGGUAAGUUGACCGAUCAUCAGCAAAGCAUCGGUGCCAAGGAUGGCCACCACCCAGCACAGCCUCAAGGUAUCUUCUCUCGCGCUGUGAAGCUCAAAGUCGAAGACACGGCGACACUUUGGAACACGCCUCGUCUACCAGGCUGGGACGACCUGGGCGACAAGCGCGCUCGACAAAACAAGGGCGCGGACAAGCCCGUUGAAAGCAUGGUCAAGACAGACGAUUCUGAAGCGGCCGAAGACGAACCCGUGCGCAAGCAGAAAAAGGUUCACCUAGUUCUGCUUACGCAUGGCUUACAUAGUAAUCUUGGCGCAGACAUGCUGUACAUGAAAGAAGCCAUCGACGCGGCAGCAAAGCAAGCAAAAAUUGACGCUAGAGCCAGGCGGCAAAAGGAAAGGGCCGAGGCUGGGCAGCCCGUCGACUUCGAUGAUGACGACGACGAAGAGAUUGUCGUUCGCGGGUACUCUGGCAAUGCGACCAAAACGGAGAAAGGAAUCAAGUAUCUCGGGAAACGACUUGCCCGAUAUGUUCUAGCUAUUACCUACCCCGAUCAGCCGUUUGUCCCCAUCGGCAAAGCUGCCGGUGAAACGCUGAUUAGGCACUUCGACAACGAGGACUUGCUCAAGCAGCACAUAUUCAAGCAAUCCCACAAACACAGCAAAAUAUCCGAAGACACGACAGCGCGCAGAAGUAAACAUGUCCGACCCUAUACGAUAUCCAGCAUCAGUUUCGUCGGACACUCACUUGGUGGCCUCGUACAAACCUAUGCCGUUGCAUAUAUCCAAAAGCACUCCCCCAAGUUUUUUGACCUUAUUCGUCCAGUCAAUUUCAUUGCCCUAGCCUCUCCAUUCCUCGGCCUGAGCAACGAGAACCCUGUCUAUGUCAAAUUUGCCUUGGAUUUCGGUCUCGUAGGUCGAACAGGCAAGGACUUGGGGUUGACCUGGAGAGCUCCCACAAUUGCCCGGAAUGGCUGGGGUGCCAUUGUCGGCAGUCUUGGUGAAUCAGCGCAUAAGACUGUCUAUGGCGAAAGCCAGCCUGACUCGAAACCCUUGUUGCGUAUUUUGCCAACGGGUCCUGCUCACACUGCGCUGAAGAAAUUCAGAAAUAGAACGACAUAUUCAAAUGUUGUCAAUGAUGGUAUUGUCCCGCUGAGAACAAGUUGCCUCCUAUUCUUGGAUUGGCAAGGUCUAGACCGUGUUGAAAAGGCGCGUCGAGAUGCUGGCCUCGUUGAGACUGUGGUUGGUUUUGGCUGGGCUGAACUGACAGGCUCGAGCAUGUCAACUGCCAAAGCGAAGCAUCAGUUUGCUGUUGAGACGGGCCAGGAGUCUGGAGCUACUACCCCCGGGGAAAAUGCGCUCCAGGUGCCACAGCCGGACGAUCAGACCAUGGACGAGGACGACAAAGCCAGUCUGCGGUCUGUGCCGACGCCGUUUAGUGAAGGGAGUCACCCUCGAGAGUCAUCCAACGCGUCGUCUAUACAAAGCCCAUUUUCUGGGUUUUUCAACAUGUUUAGGAGCAGCGAUCCGCCGAAACCUGAUACACUGUCUAAAAAGCAAAUAAAAAUGAUGGGACGAGCGCAAACCGUUAAGUUUGAUUCGCAGUCGGAAACUCCAAACUCCAGCACAUCGGAUGUAUCCAAAUCCACAAAAGCAACGGCCGGUCAUGAUUUUGACUCUGGCGGGGUUAGUGGGAUGAUGGCACCUCCCAAGACGACCUUUUUCGAAUCGGCUGGGGAUCUUCUAAAUCCCAAGAUGCCCGAUGUCGACUUCUUGGUCGAUCCGUCCAAGCGACCGAGAACUAUCUUCCAUGACAGGGUGUAUCAGGCCUCUGACAUUCCUCCACCGCCUCUCAAGCGUCGCAAUACAUCCUCACUCAUGCGUAAGACGUUCAAGUCGUCUCAGCCGCAAAAGUCGGCGGAGAGCGGCUCAUCUUCGCCAUACCCGACGGUCAACCACGAAGAUUCCAUGGCUUCUGCCAAAGAAUACGAUGAUACCAUCAAUACCGGCCCCGACAAGCAGCCUGACGAAGUUGUAGACGGAUCGGGCAUGCGAGUAGAGGAAAAGAUUGCGCGAGGAUAUCACAAGGGCCUCGCCUGGCGCAAAGUCCUUGUCAAGCUCGAGCCUGACGCCCACAACAACAUUAUCGUGCGCCGCAUGUUUGCCAAUGCCUAUGGAUGGCCAGUUGUAAAGCACAUGGUUGACGUGCACUUUAGCGACUCUGUCAUUGCACGCAUGACAACGCAGGAUGAUCACCUAGGCGAACGUGCCUUGGACGCCAAUCAGCCACCCGAUGUACACGGCUGCGAGACAAAGCACUUGACUGAGGAGCUAAAAGCUACGCUGAUCAUCGACGAUGAAGCCGAUGAUAGCGCAGAGUCGCGCGAUGCAGUCAAGGCGCUUCCGCCGAUAAUAACGCCCGACGGCGAAGGUGGCGACUCUCCCUCACAUGCCAACGGCGGCGCUUCAUCCGUAACGUGGAGCGAACGCGAUUGGGUCGACAGUGACGAAACCAGCGACGCUGAACCGGCUGAACCGGCCACCGCCGAGGACAAGAAGGAGGGCGGCAGCAAGACGGAUAGUACGCUGAGCCCGUCGUCCUGGACGUGGACGGAAAAGAUUGUGGGCAAAGGCGCGGCGUCUGGAAGGAAGAGUCCGGCGCCAGAGGAAAUUAAAAAACCAGCAUAA